GAUUGUUCUCACACUGUAUUCAACAGUAAUGUCACCAAUUCUUACUGUGCUGUGACCACAACAAAACACUUUCAGACUGCCUGCAAUCUGCACAGGACAUGCGUUUCUCUAUACGUGGGCUAUUUCCUGCCUGUCGCUUUAAAGGUGAAAAAAGCUGAAGCAGUGCACUGUUGUGGGAAAUGAUACAUUGGUGUAAGUGACCUAUUUCAUGUUCUGAAAGCUAUGUUUGGGUAAACCUAGGUUUUUUUCUUUUUUAACAGGAAGCUUGUCAAUAGAUUAUGCAGACAAAAAAACAUCAAUUCACUCACUUCAUGGUGUAUAGGGAGUACUAGUACUAGAACUUUUUUUACUGACUAUUCACAACUGAUCUCAACCAUGAUACUUUGACUUAGUUGUAUACCAGAAAAGAUGAGCAUUGAACACAGACAUCUGUCAUGGAUUAUAAUACCAAUGUUUCUUGCUGGUGUUCCUUGCAAGACCACUUCUACUUUCCUUCCUUUGAAAGUGGAAUAUCAACAGCAGCAGAUCUGUGCAGUGAAAGGCUCGUCCGUUGUCUUUCCUUGUUCAUUUAACUAUACUGGCCCUGAGGGAGUGAAGAAUAUCAUGUGGGGUCAUGGAAAGUCUAAACGUUUUGUUUCUGAAAUAAAUUCAAGAGAAGUCACCUCGAGAUUCAAGUAUAUUGGUGACAGACAUCACAAUUGUUCUUUGCAAAUAGACCAAGUGGAGCAAAAUGAUUCUGGAAAAUAUUCUGUCAGAAUUUUUCUUGGAAGGGGAAAAGGCUUUGGGCCUCGAGAAGGAAGACCAACAUUAGAGGUUGUUGAUUUGAACAUUUCCAUUAACAAACCCAACGGAGGCGGGAAAACAAAGGAGGAUGACUCAGUAAAUCUGACUUGCAUUAGCGCCUGUGAUGGUAGCAACACCUCCUCCACUUUCACCUGGUUUAAAGAUGGGGAGCUCUUAAAUGAAGGAUCUGUUCUUCAUUUAAGCAACAUGUCCAUCACAAAUUCUGGAAACUACACUUGUUCUCUAAAGACACAACCAGGAACAGCUUCAAGAGUCAUUAACAUUGAUGUUGAGCAUGUCCCAAAGAACACAUCAGUGUUGGUCCGACCUUCGAUGGAGGUCUACACUGGCAGCAACUUCACGCUGAUCUGCAGCAGCCAUGCAAACCCCCCAGUGAAGAAUUAUAGCUGGUUUAAGAAAGGUGACACUCAGAAUUAUUUUGUGGUUGGACACCAGUCUGUGCUUCUCUCUGCUGAAGGUGGUCAGUAUUUCUGCAGAGCCAUCAACGAACAUGGAAGUCAAAACUCCUCUGUUGUGAGUUUAAUGAUUAAAGCAACUUGGGCAACUUUUACAAGAGAUGUACUGAUCAUUACUAAUGUCAUUGUGCUGCUGAUUGUGACCACAGUCAUUGCUGUCAUAAGAAAAAGGGCAUGGGACCAAAAGAUGGACCAUGCGAAGGCUGUACAGGAUACUGAGUAUGUCAAUUGGCUCAGCUGUGACAAUCACCAAUCACAAGAAGGAAGUUGUCCUGAGGAAGGGACAGAACUCAUCUAUGCCACUGUUGACUUCAGCAACAGAGAGACAAACAUGGGGCAGGAGAUGGGCACCUUCAAUAUGGACGAAGAUGUGAUCUACACCACAGUGUGCAGGCACCAACUGUUGAACACCUGGUAUGUUGAGCCCUCCUGAUUUAACAUUAAACAGCUUUGCAGUAUAUAAAUAUAAUUUUUUGGGGCUAUGCAUUUCAUGAUUGUAUUAACUAAUAUUGUACAAACAAAAAUGAUACACUGUACAUACUUCCCAAAAGAGUUAAAUGAUAUUACCUAGACAAAAAACUAACUUGAAAAUAUUUAAAACAAUGCAUUUUUUUUCUAUAUAUAUUCUUGUUGGAAUUCUUACACUGUACACCUUCUUGUUUGCUGCUGUAACUCUGUGAAUUUC